CAUUACGAUUGAGGAACGCGGACACUAAGCAUUACAACAUGAAGACUUUUAUUUGUUUGGUGGCUUUAGCAGUCACAUGUCACGCUGGUUAUGAUAGCCUCGACAAUGGAGGACACAACCAGGAUGGCGGUUACCAGUAUACAGCUCCAGGAGGAAACGACUUCUCCAGCCAGGGGCAUGAUAUCGCACAAGGCCAAAGUUUCGGUCAUGAUAUUUCUGGACAAGGAAAUGACUUCUCAGGUGGACAGGGACAUGACAUCUCUGGUGGACAGGGACACGACUUUUCAGGUGGGCAAGGACAUGACUUCUCAGGAGGGCAGAGUCACGGCUUCUUGGGUGGACAGGGACACGAUUUUUCUGGAGGACAAGGUAAUGACUAUACUGUUGCGCUAACGGGACAUGGUCAACAUUUGGGCCAAAAUCAAUUUGGUUUAGGCCAAGGACAUGGACCUUUACUGAAUAAUUUUGGAGGUGAUAGCUACCUUCAAGCCGCUCACGAUCUUGGAGGCCAUCAAAGCUUCAGCGGUUCUGAUGGAGGCCAUCAAGGCUUCAGCGGUUCUGAUGGAGGCCAGCAAGGGUAUGGGCACAGCCAGGGAUUCCUCCUAGAAGAUGGAGGCCACGAUUUCGGACAUGGAGGCUACGAUUUGGGUAACGUUGAAGCUAUACCAGUUGGUGAGCAUACCGAUGAGGAGCACCCAGUUGAAGUGCCAUUGUACAAGCAUGUGACUGUACCAAUCCACAAGCCAUUACAUAUCAACGUGCCCAAACCUAUCUUAGUUGGAGUACCACAGCCAUACCCAGUUAAAGUGCCAGUACACAAGCCUGUUGCGGUACCCGUUGAGACUGAAAUUUCGAUUCCCAUUGAAAAGCCGGUACCUUACCCAGUUGUGAAGCACGUCCCAUAUCCUGUGGAAAAACAUGUGCCAAUCAGAAUAGAGAAAACCGUCACAGUUCACGUACCACAACCCUACCCAGUGAAGAUUCCCGUAUAUAAAACGAUUCACCACCACAAAGGGCAUCAUUAAAUGAUUUUUUGAUCGAUAUUGAGCCUUGUAAAUAUUAAAUUUAAGUCAUUUUCAACUGUCUUCAUGUUGUAGUUGAUUUAUUUAUUUUGUUGUUGAUUGUAUGUUGUUAUUGUUGUAUUAUUGUGUAUAAAUGUUGUUGCUUAUUA